UGCGCGGGCGAGUGGUGGCGGCGCGAGCGCGAUGGAUCCGCUGGCGUCGGAGCUGCACCGCGUGGGAGCGCUUCGUUUCGGGGACUUCGUGCUCAAGAGUGGCCUCGUCUCCCCGGUGUACGUCGACCUGCGUGUCGUCGUGGCUUACCCGGCUCUGCUCAACAAAGUAGCACAUCUUCUCUUUCAAACAACAAAAGAUGCUGGAAUCAAGUAUGACUGUGUGUGUGGGGUUCCAUACACAGCUUUACCACUGGCUACAAUAAUCUGCUCUGCCAACCAGAUCCCAAUGCUUAUUCGCAGGAAAGAAGCUAAAGAGCAUGGUACCAAGCGCAUUGUAGAAGGCAUCAUAAAUGCAGGAGAAACUUGUCUUAUCAUCGAGGAUGUGGUCACCACCGGCUCAAGUGUCUUGGAAACAGCGGAGGUUCUCCGUAAAGAGGGAUUGAAUGUUACUGAUGCUAUUGUGCUGUUGGAUAGAGAGCAGGGAGGAGAAGCCAUGCUGGCGAAAAAUGGGAUUCGCUUACAUUCAGUGUGUACCUUGACUAAGGUGCUCAAGAUCCUCGAGCAGCAGGAAAAAGUUGCUUCGUCGAUGGUGAUGCAGGUAGAGAGAUUCAUUCAGGAGAACAUCAGUAAGCCUUCUGAGCAAAAUGGUACCACUGCAAUCAAAAGAACAUGCAAAGAGAUGAGUUUUGGUGCUCGGGCUGAGCUGCCUGGCACACAUCCCCUUGCUGUUCGGCUUCUCAGGCUCAUGGAGAAGAAGCAGUCUAACUUGUGUCUUUCUGCUGAUGUAACCAAGUCCACAGAAUUGCUCCAACUGGCUGCUGUUCUUGGCCCAUCUAUCUGUGUCUUGAAAACGCACAUAGAUAUUCUGGAAGAUUUCACCUUAGAAGUAAUAAAAGAAUUAAGAGGGCUUGCUGACCGGCAUGAAUUCUUGAUAUUUGAAGACCGGAAGUUUGCAGACAUUGGAAAUACAGUGAAGCAUCAGUAUGGAGGUGAGUUUGAGCUUGCUUCCUUCUUACCAACCAAUCUACCAUU